GAUUCUCAACCUUGGCUGCAUGCCGGAAUCACCUGAAGAGCUUUGACAUUGAUACCCGGGGGCCUCUCUGAGGAGUGAGAUUGAAAAGAUCUGAAGGUGAUCCUAAAGGGCAACCAAGGCAAAGAACCAUUAAACUAGAGCUCCAAGGGAGACUUGAGAUUACAGAAAGAAUGCGAUUAAGUACUACGUCAGGAACUAGUCUACACUUGCACCCAAAGUAUCUAAGUUGCCUACCAUAGGCAAGGCAUUGUCACAAAUAUAAAUAAGACAGUUAUUACCCCAAAUGAACUCACAGUCCAAUGGGAAAAUCAGAAUUGGAAAUUACAACACAAAGCCAUACGUUCUUUAAUUAUGUCACUUCCCAGACACUAUGGGGGUUCAACAGAGCAAGUAAUUAUGGCUGAGAAAGCUAGAAGAGGUUUUCUGUAACUGUAUAGACGUACCCUCCCGACAGACUCGGGAGCGUUACGCCCAAGCGCCCCAAGACCCGCCAAGCCACCAGGUGGCAGGCGCCGCUCGUCCCACCCCUCCGACCCGCCCGGAACACUGGUUCCAGCGACCCCCGCGCGGAAGUCGUCUGCGCAGGCUCAGGACGGGUCUCCGGCGGCCGGGCUGGGGCGGGGGCGUCUCUUGGAUCUUUGCGGGUUCAGAGACCCUCCGGCGCACACGGGACAGAGUGGAGAGUUGUCCCUCCGUCUGCCUGCCUCCGAGGGGCUGUGGGGGCUUGGAGCUGGGCGCAGAGUUGCAGGGCCGGUCCGUUCCCUGUGAGGGUCUCCCCGGAGUCCCUGCUGUCUCAGGGCAUUAGAGGGGCGCGCGGCACCGAGGUCGCUGGUGUGCCUGUGGCCGUGUCUGCUGCUGGUCUGCGUGGGAUCUGGGUUCCAGAUCCUGGUCCCGGGGAGGAGGGCUGCGGAGCGGAGCCGGUGGGCGGCGGCAGGGCUUGUGAGGGGUGUGGAAGAGCACCGCUCCCACCAGCCGCGCCCCGCGCCGGGAGGCAGGUCCAGGUUUGACAGCUCUGCUUCGGGCCCUGCGGGUCCGCUGGGCAUCGUCUCGCGGAGUGGGAAUGCCCCGUUUUACCCAACUUGCUCGCUUCUCCCUGAACCCCGGGAGGACUGCAGAGCUGCGACCAAAGGAUAGAGACUUGGACCUAGUCAAAGGACAUCGUCCCUGAGCCCCAGCUAUGGGCUCCACAGCAUCAGGUUUGGCUCUCGAGGGUGCCGCGGGCCAGAAGCCGUCUUGGGGAGUUAGUACCGAGCCUCGUAGGAGGAGGACCCUACGAAGGGGCUGGAUAAGGGGCAGGAUCUGCAACCGCCUACCCUGUGGUGGUGUCUAACCUUUCAGGCUCAGGAGCAUGAGGUCCCAGCACCCAGAGACCAUGAUGAAGGUGGAGGGGAGACUUGUCCCAAAGGCCAGAGGAGAGAGAGUAGAGCAGGAGGGGGUCUCUUCCUGCUGUGACAGGGAGAAGGCAAACAAACCUAUGAAAGAGUGGCCCUUGGCCAGGGACCAGAGGACAGUGGCUCCAUUUGGAGCCUUGCCACCCAUUUCCUUUAUCGCUUCAUUAAGUGAUAAUGUUCUUACAGCUCUUCCAGAUCAGCUGUGUACAAGAUCAGCAGUGCACACGGUGGGCCUCUUCUGUGACCAACCCCCUCCCACUCGUGUUGGGGACAGCACAGUCCAAGUGACCCAGGAGGUUUUAAGCCAUUUCUUUCUUUAGAAUCUCCUGUCCUUCACCAAGUGGGCAUUUUAAUUUGACUUUUUAUUCUUCAGUGCACAUGCUCAAGGUCAGAGAACUGGCCAAUGGCAGAAGUGGGCCAAAUCUCUGGGACUUCCACCCCCUCUCUUUUCCUGUAUGCCUUCUGGUCUGUAGACCAGCAGCACAGGCAUCACCUGGAAGCUCUUAAGAAAUGCAGACUCUCAGGCUCUACCUCGCAUGCACUGAACCAGUCUGUUUAGCAAGAUCCUCAGGAAUCCAUACGCACAUUAAAGUUUGAGAAGUGCUGACCUGUGCUAUACUAUGCUGCCUGCCUGCCUCUGCUUUUGAUGUUGGUGGUGGCCUUAACUAUUUCUUUGGUGUGGUUAAGGUUAGUUUUUUGUUUGAAGGCUUUAAAAACAGUAUGAUACAAAGCUCUAUAAUAGAGGGGGCUCUCAAAAUACACUGCAGAGACCUGAUAGUGCUUGAGAACACCGAGGGCAGCUUUUCAGGAAGAGCUGGCCUCUGGGGUUCCCAAGGAUAAGCGGAGAGGUGUAACUUCUUCCAUUGAGGCCUAUAACCCUACGUGGCCUUGUCCUGGGCCUUAUUUUGUAUUGUUAACCUGUCUUAUACCCUCAGUGUACAUUUAAAGUUCCUUGAAGCUCCUCUCCAUGUUUAUAUUUUCAAAAGGUCUGGAGGACCUACAUAUUGGCGACCUAGUAAAUAACUCUCAAAUGGAGUGGCCAGACUGUGGUCACUUCAGCUCGCUGCAGCUUGCUGUGGCCUAUAGGCAGGUGGGGACCUUAUGCAGCUGUACAAGGGCAGCCUCUGCCCUGCCCCUCAGCUCCCUUUGACCCAGUGUUGUCCCCAGAACCAUGGAGGUGACACGCUGACAUGGGGAGUCUGGGAGCUGUAAAUCCCAUGAGGGUUAGCCUUCCUCAUGGCUCCUUUUACCUUCCUAGUUCUCCCUUCUCAGGACCCUGCUCUUCCUCCAGAGGGAUACACAGGAGAAAAGGGAACAGCCAGUUUACUCCUGAAAGCCAGGCCCCAGGACCUGAUGACAUUUGAGGAUGUGGCUGUGGAAUUCACCUGGUGGGAGUGGGGGCAGCUGGACACUGCUCAGAAGGACCUGUACCGGGAGGUGAUGUUGGAGAACUUCAGGAACCUGGCCUCCCUGGGGUUUCCAGUGUCCAAACCACAUGUGAUCUGCCAGUUGGAGAAAGGGGAAGAGCCUUAUAUGAUGGAAAGAGAAGUCUCAACAGGGGCCCACCCAGACUGGGAGAGAAGGCCUCAGGCCAAGGAAUCAAUACUAAGUCAAGGAAUUUCCAAAGAAUUACUGCAGACAGCAUCAGUGGGAAAACACAUUAGAGAUGAACUCUGGUGUUCCAGACUGGGAGCAGCUUGUGGUUGUGAAGACCAGUUAGAGAUGCACCCCCCAAAACAGGAGAGACAUCUGAAUGAAACGUCACUUACUCACAAAUCUGCCACCCUUUGGAGAGAUCAUGAAUGGAGUGAAUUUGGGACAAGUUUAGGCCUAAGAUCAGUCCUUGUUAACCAGCACUGUGUUCCCACGGGAGAAGGACCCCAUAAAUGUGACACAGAGUUCAGACAGACUUCAGGGAGAAAUGACUCUCAGAGAACCCAUCCAGGGAAGAAAUCUUGCAAAUGUAAUGAAUGUGGGAAGCUAUUCCAUUUCCAAUCAGAACUGAGGCGCCAUCAGAGAUGUCACACUGGAGAAAAGCCCUAUGAAUGCAAUGAAUGUGGAAGGGCCUUUGGUCAUAUUUCGUCCCUUAUUAAACAUCAGAGGACGCACACUGGAGAAAAGCCCUAUGAAUGCAGCGAAUGCGGGAGAGCCUUCAGCCAGAGUUCAUCUCUUGUUCUACACUACAGAUUUCACACUGGAGAGAAACCCUACAAAUGUAACGAAUGCGGCAGGGCCUUUGGUCAUACUUCAUCCCUGAUUAAACAUCAGAGAACACAUACUGGAGAAAAGCCCUAUGAAUGCAGGGAAUGUGGGAGAACUUUCAGCCAGAGCUCCUCUCUCAUUGUACAUUACAGAUUUCACACUGGAGAGAAACCCUACAAAUGUAAUAGAUGUGGGAGAGCCUUCAGCCAGAGUUCAUCUCUCACUCAACACUACAGAUUUCAUACCGGCGAGAAGCCCUACAAAUGUAACGAAUGUGGAAGAGCCUUUGCUCACACCGCGUCCCUUAUUAAACAUCAGAAAAGUCAUGCUGGAAAAAAAUCCCUAUGAAUGCAGCCAACGGAGGAAGGCUUUAAGCUGGAGCACACACACCACUGAACCUCAGAGAAUAUGUAUUAGAAAGAGAUCCUCUGUGCAUACAGUGUGUGGGAAACUUUUGUUGGCGGACACAUCUCGUUCAACAUCACACAGGACACACCAAACAGAAGCCCUGUUAAUAUCAAGAGAAGGAGUGGGCUUUCGUCACACCUCCUCCCUUAUCAAACACGGGAGAAUUCAAACUAGUAACAGACUGUGAAUGUAAGGUUAUGUUUACAGGUGACACACGACCUGAAAGCAACUGGUUAAAAAGUUUUCUUUUUAAAAUGUAUUUACCACUGUUAAUUUAAGAUAGGAAGCAAUUUGUCUGUAUCACAAUGAGUAGUUUAUGGAAAAUUUAGCUGAUAUCCAUCUAAAAUCAUCUGGUGCCACCAAGUGGCCAUCUUGGGAGCACUGGUGAUGAUCUGAGCGAAGGUUAUGGUCUUUUAAACAUUCUUGUUUUUCAGAAUCAUUGUCUAAACAUUGAUAUUCUAUAAUGCCCUCCUUGAAUUCCUCUAGAGAUUUACCCUUUGAGGGUUUAGUUACCUCCCCUUGGUUAAGGCAGCUUGUUUGGCAUAAUAAUCUGCUAGGGCAUUUCCGUUCACCUUCACAUGAGCCUCGGCCUUUAUAAUAACCACCUUUCUAGGAAACAGGAGUGAAUGCAUAAGUUCUUCAGCUUAUAGUCCAUGUCUGAUGGGGGUUCUGGGGGAGGUUAGGGAACCUUCUUUGUUUUAAAGCAUCUCAAGUCAUGUACUCAUCUCAUCUGUGUCUAUGCUUAUUCUCUGGUCUUUGGCUGGUUGACAAACUGUACACAGUAAGUGCUGCCAUCGGGGCUGAUUGUAACUCACGUGAAGGACUAUAUUCCAGAAAGAACUUAAAUUAGUGACACUAUCCUACUUGAUAACCUUCAGUUUUACUUUUGAGAUAUGAUUCAUCAACAAAAAAUAUUCAGAAUUCUUUUUUUUAGUAACUUAUUUACUUUUGCAGAGAAAUAAUUAGGCUUAUUUAUUUAUUUUUUUU